GUUAUGUAAUUUUAAGGUUGGAAUGGCAAUAUCGUCAAUGUCAAUUUAGAAAACGGCCAUCUUCCUGUUAAGUGUUGUUGAACUUAAUAUAAACAUUGUUUUUUUACAGCAUUAUUUUUCGUAAUUAUCACUAUGGAUGCGAAGAAAAAUCUAAAUAGUAGUAGGAGGACAAAAAGAUCUUCAAAAGGUGCUGAAGAAAAUUAUUGGGAUUGCAGUGUUUGCACAUAUAGGAAUACUGCUGAAGCCUUCAAAUGUUUAAUGUGUGAUGUACGGAAAGGUACAUCAACAAGAAAACCUCGAAUAAAUCCACAACUUGUGGCUCAGCAAGUUGCUCAACAGUAUACUCCAUCUCAACCAAAGCAAAAAAGUUUAACCCCUAGAUCCGAUAAGGACAAAAAAUCAUCAGGAGACAAAGCUACUAAAAAGAUACGGCCACGACUUAAAAAUGUAGAUCGAAGUAGUGCUCAACAAAAGGCAGUUACGGUGAAUGAUGUGACUGUGAUCAUAACUGAAUUUCAACCUAAAAGAAGAGGCUCAUCAGAUAAUGCUGCUAAUGGACCUCACAGUAGUAGUGGCAAUAGUACAGAUAGUAGUCAGUCAGACUCUGGAAGUCGCAGUGAAACACAUAAUGGUGAUUUGCAAGAUCGUAGAUGAUGGAAUCUUAAGGUUUUAAUUGUUGUAUGUUGUAUCAUUUUUAUUUUAACAUCAAUACACAACCUAUAUAUGUAAAUCGAGAAGAACUUUUUAACACUUUUAGAGCACUUUCAUCUUUAAGAGGUGUGCCAACGUUUUUAGCCUUUCACUCCAUUCAGACUGUGAUGCUUUUACUAGGCCUCAUCUAACAGGAUGAACAUUUUAUUCAUAUGAUCAUUUUUGAAGCAAGAAACUGCCAAUUGUAAGCAGGGAAAUAUGUAUAGUGAAACUUCUAAAUAAUGGCAAUCUUCAGGGAUUUGUUGAAAACUGUAAAUAGUUUGAUUAUUAAAAUAAGACAAUUGAUAUAAAUUGGAUAUUAUUUAUGUGUUACAUGUAUUUUGGUUUUAAGAAGUUUGACAAUUAUGCAAAUCAACAUUAAUAUAGAUUUGUUAAAGGUCAUUGUUAUGUUCGACUAGUUUAUAAUUUUUAUAACUAAACAAAUAACAUUGCCAUAAACAAAAACAUAAAGAUUUCUUGAGGUAAUCUUUCUCUGUUAGAAAAUAUUUUUGUUUUUUCAAAAAAAAAUUUUAAAUUUUUAAUUUUUUUCGAAAAUUUCUUAUAAAAACUAUUUAAUCAAUAAUAGAAUUUUUUAAAAACAAAAGCUUAAAAUAUGAAAUAUUAAUUUGAUUGCUAGAAUUAAAAUUAUUUUUUUUCUUUUGUUUAAAAGAGCUCUUGUUUUUUAAAAAUUUCCUUCCUUGAUGCAUGUGUUUGAUCAGUUCUAAUUAGAAGACUUGAUUGUUCAAAUAUAUCAAGUCUUGAUUUGAAAUUCUUUAUUUUGUUAAUCAACACUUAAAGUAGUAUUAUGAAUUUGAAUAUUAAUCGGUGACUAAAAAGGU